GCCUUCUCCCCUCCCAAUGGCGCACGCUUCCCGGUCGCAGCCUUCUGCUGUGCCAAGGCUGGUAAAGAGUCCAGAGCCCGUUUGGGGGACUUUCUAUGGGGUCCCCGGCUCAGGGCCGUGAGGGGGACCAUGCUGCUACCUUCCAGGACAUUCUUCCCUGGGCAGUCCGGCCAGGUCAAGCCUGGGUGCCUCGGUGUACACCUGGAAUCCCCUUCGCAGGCGGGAGGAGGAGAGCGCAUGGAGAGAAGUGAGUGCCAGGCCGCGCCACUGCAGGCUAAAAGCGCCGUCCACCGCGGAGGGCCCCUGGCCCCAGUCAGUGCCCUCUGCACCCUGGGCCGACCGAGGCGAGCGGAGGGCUCUGUUCUGCAAAGAAAAACAUUCAUGGUCCUAAAGGCCGCCUGGUGAGCCCAGCUGCCGCCCAGCCAGUGUCGCUCGCUCGGCGCCUGCUCUGAGCUGUCCCCUGGGAGAGCGCGGCCCUAGCGGGAGGCUUGGACCGACCGCCCUCGUCCGUCAGCCAAGCUGAGCCGGAGGCCUGCCCUGCCCCAGCGCUGCCGCCAACGGGUCCACCCAGGGAGUGCCAGGGGAAACCUCUAUGACCCAGAAAUGCAGGAAACUGUGAGACUCCCGCUGGACUUCGCGCAUGCAGUGGCCGUCGUACACCCGGUUCGAGUCCAGGGACACGGACUCUGGGAUCCUCAUGGAAGACGGAACCCUGCGCUGAGCCUCGAGUCCAGGGGCGCAAUGAGGGGGCCUCACCACGGCGUGUCCGUGAGCGGAGCGGCCGGGGUCUCGGACUCGGCCUCAGACACGGAACAGGACGCUAGGCCAGCCUUGGCGGGAGCCCGGGGCUGGUGAAGAGGGAGGGGUGGGAAUCCUCGAAUCCCACGAACAAAUUUUAAAAAGCCUCUAAGCCCCGAGUAACCCGGGGCCCCACCGAGCUCCGGCCGGUACUCAGCUCCUGGUGCCCCAAGCCUUGCAUCCCCGUUGCCUUUCCCGCCGAGCCCCGCGAGCCGGGCCUGCUCGGGUCACGUGGCGCCACGGCCGCAGCCCCAGCGCUGACCCCGCGGGGAGGGAAGGGAGGGCGCCGGGAGGGAAGGGGCGGCGCGGCGGGGCGGGCCGGGGCGGGGCGGGGCGGCGCGGAGGGGCUGCCGCAGCGCCCGGGGUUCCCUGAGGAACAGCGCGGCCCCCGGCUCCCAGUCUCCCUCCCGACUGUCGGCUGUCGCCGGCCCCCCGCGACCGCUGCGCCCUCCGGUCCUGACGACCAGCCGGUGAGUGCCCCAGUUGCGCCUGUCGCCGCGCGCCCCUCCCCGGCCCGGCGCCUUCUCCCAGCGCGGCGCGCCCCCGCGCCCAGGCCCUGCGCCCUGCGGACGUGCUAGGCCGCUCCUUCUCAGCCCCCGCCAAGCCCACCCGGGCACCUCCGACGCCGGGGCAGUGGAGAAGGUCAAGGCCGCGCCCGGGAAGAUGUACCAGAGCCUGGCGCUGGCCCCGAGCCCCGGCCAGGCCGCCUACGCCGACUCGGGCGCCUUUCUGCACGCGCCGGGCGCCGGCUCCCCGGUGUUCGUGCCGCCGGCGCGCGUCCCCUCCAUGCUGCCUUACCUGCCGGCGUGUGAGCCGGGCCCGCAGCCCCCGGCGCUCGCCGCGCACCCCAACUGGGCGCAGGCGGCCGCGGCAGACUCGUCAGCCUUCGGCUCCGCCAGCCCGCACCCGCCGGCCGCUCAGCCUCCCGGGGCCACCACCUUCCCUUUCACGCACAGCCCGCCGGGCCCUGGCGGCGGUGGCGGCGUCGGGAGCCGGGACAGCAGCGCCUACCAGGGCGCAGUGCUGGCUCGAGAGCAGUAUCCGGCCCCGCUCGGGCGGCCCGUGGGCGCCGCGUACCCCACCGCGUACCCGGCGUACGUGAGCACCGAGGUCGCCCCGUCCUGGACCUCCGGACCCUUCGACAGCAGCGUUCUGCACGGCCUCCCGGGCCGCCCGGCUGGCCUUGCGGGCCGCAGAGCCACCUUCGGUACCAAAAAAAAAAGGAAAGCCCGCAGCGGCCGCCCGCCUGCCAGCCAGGAGGGCAGAGCCUCGGCCCACGAACUGCGUGUCCCCGCAGUGUCCGACUUCCUGGAGGAGUUCCCCGGCGAGGGUCGCGAGUGCGUCAACUGCGGGGCGCUGUCCACGCCGCUGUGGCGCCGCGACGGCACCGGCCACUACCUGUGCAACGCCUGCGGCCUCUACCACAAGAUGAACGGCGUCAACCGGCCGCUCGUGCGCCCGCAGAAGCGCCUGUCCUCCUCCCGCCGGGCCGGCCUCUGCUGCACCAACUGCCACACGACCACCACCACACUGUGGCGGCGCAACGCCGACGGCGAGCCGGUGUGCAACGCCUGCGGCCUCUACAUGAAGCUGCACGGGGUGCCGCGGCCCCUGGCGAUGAAGAAGGAAAGCAUCCAGACGCGGAAACGGAGGCCUAAGAACGUGGCCAAGACCAAGGGCUCCGCAGGGUCCACAGGGAACACCACAUCCUCCCCGCUGUCCUCUGUCCCUGACCCCGAGAGCUCAGCGGCCACUUUGAAACCUGAGCCCAGCCUGGCGUCCCCUUCAUGCCCUGGGCCCAGCGUCGCCUCCCAGGCCCCCGGCCAGCCGGACGACCCCCUGGCCCCCAGCCACUUGGAGUUCAAGUUUGAGCCCGAGGACUUUGCCUUCCCUUCGGCAGCCCUGGGCCCCCAGGCCAGCCUCGGCGGGGCCCUGCGCCAGGAGGCCUGGUGUGCGCUGGCCUUGGCCUAGGUCCCCAGGCCCCCUCGGACCACCUCGCUGCCUGCUCUGCUCCAGCGCAGCAGAGACCACCAGGCCCACCUGCCAGAAGAGACUGGAGCCAGCGGGACGUCAAGGUGCUGGGCGUCUCUGCACACGGCGGCCGGGAGGCCUUCUGUGCAGAGGGCAGUUGGGCCCCGGAGCAGGAGGAAGGCUGGUGGGGAAAGCGCUCGAGCACCCCCCACCCUCAGACAGCAAGGGACCCCCCCAAACGCUGUCCGAGGCUCUGAGCCACUCUGGCCCCUCCAGCCAAGGCUGACCCAGGGCACCCACCGCCAACUUGAAUUCUGUUGUCAGCACAGCCCAUCGUCACGUUUACAGAUGCAGCAGUUGGAAAAAAACCCAGCCUCCUUUUGUGAAACCAGGAUCACAAGUGAAAUGACUGAGGCUGGGCAGGCAACAGAAUGAGGGGAGCAGCUGGAUGUGGGACCUCCUGAGGCCUCAGGGUCUGUCCUUCACUUCCCACAUUUGAUGGAUAGAACCAUGGCUCGGAGAACUUGCCCUUCUCUGAGCACAGGAUACCAGGGACAGAUGUGCAGGUCAUGCACUGUACCAGGACGCCAGCCCAAGGGGAAGCCAGUCACAUCAUAGUCAUCGUGGACUUGUGUAUUUAUUUGGACGGUUUUCCCAGAGGGGGCAGUAAAGGGCCUUGUUCUA